AGGAGGCGCAUGAGAAGGUCUGGAAGGAGGGAGACCCAGAAACCAAUAGAUACACUCAAAGGAUCUCUUUGGGCAGGGGAGGAGAAGAAAGGAAGAAAGCUCAGGUGUCCCAGCGCGUCAAAGAUUGUCCUCAAAGGCAUUUCGGAUAAAUAUCCAUUAGCCAAAGCCCCAAAAGCCUCGCUCUGUUUCCCGCGUCAGGUGGGACCUAUGAGAGUGCAGGAGCCCCGCGGAUGGUGUGGCCAUUUUGCGGAAGGAGUGGUGCCUGGGGAGGAUGGGCUUCAGUGUCUGGGGGAGGCCAGGCCGAGUCUUGGUGCGCCCCAUCCACACGUGACGUGUUGCAGGACUCCCCAGAGCCGGUGGCCGCCCACCCCCGCGACAGAGGGCGCGUCAGUGCCAGUCGGUCACACCUCCGAGCCAGACUCUACUACGCUCCUCGGGUUCCGCGCGCCCCGCAUCAGGCGAGGCCGGGGGACGCAGGUGAAGCGCACUGGUAGGGCUCACGGAGAACUGCAGCUGCCCGCCCCCCCACCAGGGUCCCCUAGCUCGGCCGGACGGAACCGAUGCUUGGACGCGGCCGAGGCGUGCACGGAGGACGCACGGUGCCAGCGACUGCGCACCGAAUACGUGGCUCAGUGCCUGGGGCGGGCUGCGCCCGGAGGCUGCCCCCGCGCCCGCUGCCGCCGCGCCCUGCGCCGUUUCUUCGCCCGCGGGCCGCCCGCGCUCACCCACGCGCUGCUGUUCUGCCCGUGCGCCAACGCCGCGUGCGCCGAGCGCCGGCGCCAGACCUUCGUGCCUGCCUGCGCCUUCUCCGGGCCCGGCCCGGCGCCCUCUUGCCUCGCACCUUUAGACGCCUGCGAGCACAGCCGGAUCUGCCGGCCCCGCCUCCUGGCCUUCCAGGCCUCCUGCGCGCCCGCCCCCAGCGCCCCAGAUGGCUGCCUGCUGGAUGAGGACCCCCGCUGCCUGCGGGCCUACGCGGGCCUCGUGGGCACCGCCGUCACUCCUAACUAUGUGGACAACGCGAGCGCGCGCGUGGCGCCCUGGUGCGACUGCGGAGCCAGCGGAAACCGGCGUGAGGAGUGCGAAGCCUUCCGGGGGCUCUUCACCAGGAACCGCUGCUUGGAUGGUGCCAUACAGGCCUUUGACGGUGGGUGGCCUCCAAUCCUGCAGGACCAGCUACAUGUCCACCAGGACCCUGAGCACAGCCUCGUGCAAGUGUCCUCCACAGAUGGGCUCCUGGUUGGGAGCUCCCUGCUCUCCAUGCUCCCUGUCCUGGCUCACCAGCCCCUGCUCUAAGACAGCCGACCUUGGACAACAAUGUCACUGCCCCAUCCUGCGUGGGGUACAGGGCCCAUCUGCACCCUGCUGCCCUACUGAAAGUGGACUGACUUGCCUCCCAAGCUGACCUCAGUGCUCUUGCACUGCUGCCCUUUUUAGGUCUGGACACCCUGUGUGCCUGUCCCCUCGAGUUAGGGAUGUAGUCUGAGGGCCUGAUGCAAAGCCCAUGGUGUUCUCCUUUCAAUGGGUUUCUUGGUUUUAAGUCCCUCUCUCCACUGACCUUGGAACAGUUGGGUUUCCCAAAGGGUAGGGAUGGGAGGGGGUCAUCAGUGUAGGUGAGGCCUCACUGGGGCACCAGAUCACCAAGAAGUCAGAAACCAUCCAAAUUCCCAGAAUUUUAAGAGAUUUUACCAGCUUCCCUAAACAGAACAUGCCCUAAGGAGUACAUCUGAACAGACUUACAGGCAAAACUCCUCUUAACCUGCAGCUUUUCAUGGCACCCUCCCAGGGAGGCACCACCCGUCAUGAUAGCCACCUAUGCCCCAUGACUAACGUCGGUAAGGUUCUUUCCAUCCAUGAUAUACUGUUCGGUGGGCACCGCCUGGAGUGAGAAUCUAGUCCCCUGCAUUGCACUGGUCACAUGGCCAUCUUCCCUAUGGUUUAACCUUAGCACUCUGAAUGGCAUCUGUAGCUCAAUAAACCCAUAUGCACUGAGACUGGCCUUGCUUCCAUGUGAUCUGUCCUGGGAGCCUGGAGACUAAGGUCAGCCAUAGGGUAUGUGUCUGGUGGGUUGUAUGACCUCAGAUGGUCUCAGAACCAAUCUGGGCUACAUCUGCUCACCUGUGGAUGCCAAACUGAAUCAACUGUUUGAUCCUAGUGGCACAGAUUUCUGUGCUUUGUCUUCUCUGCUAGUACUCAGAUUCAGCAACUACCCU